UGCCGGUGCCGUCUAUGCUUUGCGGGAGCCAUUAACGAAUUAAGAAAGAGACUACUUGCUUCUUGAACGUAGACUUUACAGUGCUUUGCGGCUAUUUACGCAUAUUUACGGCACGUUGGUAAUCGCAUGUUCUUAUGUUCUGUUUCGAUUUUGAUACUGGUUAUCUAUAAAUUAAUUAUGACGGAAAACAAGGAGCGUACUUUUCUCAUGGUUAAACCAGAUGGUGUGCAGCGUGGUCUUGUUGGCAAGAUUAUUCAACGAUUUGAGGAAAAGGGUUUCAAACUAGUGGCUAUGAAGAUGUUAUGGCCUUCUGAAGAUCUCUUGAAGAAACAUUAUGCUGAUCUGGCAUCAAGACCUUUUUUUCCAGGUUUGGUCAAAUAUAUGAGCUCAGGACCAGUUGUGCCGAUGGUCUGGGAAGGCUUGAAUGUUGUAAAGACUGGCCGUGUAAUGUUAGGUGAGACAAAUCCUAAGGAUUCUGCACCAGGUACAAUUCGUGGUGAUUUUUGCAUACAAGUUGGACGCAAUAUUAUUCAUGGAUCUGAUUCUGUUGAAUCUGCCAAAAAGGAGAUUGACCUCUGGUUUGGUGAGAAGGAAGUAAUUGACUGGACACAUGCAUCUGAAAAAUGGAUUUAUGAAUAAGAAUUUGUUUUUUGGAAACAUUUUCUCAGAAGUUUUUCUAUAGUGUCUCUAUAAGCAUUUCCUUAAAGAGAGUCUUCCGAAGGCUACUGCUAAUGGACCAAACUUUUUAGCACAGCUGAGGUUCAAGAAAAACAUCUGAUAUUUGUAAGGAGUAAAUAAAAAUUGCU